UUCAUUUAUUGCGGACAUUGAAGAGGGAGGCGCCUUGAAGUUUUAAAUUUUUGCAAUUUAAUGAAGUGAAUAAGUUAAUUGGAGUUAUGUUAUGGUGGUUUGAUGCUUAAAGGGAGUGGCUUAGUUAGUUCACUUAGAGCUAUCUCUAGAUUGGGAAAAUUUGGCUUCAACACCUUGAUCCUCUCAGGUAGUUAGAGAGGUGGGUGCAAUUGCUUAUUGCUUAUUUGGUUAUUGAAAGUCUUCUUCAGGAGAAAAAAAUUGUUUUGGGUUUUCAUUUCAAAUCAAAAGGGGCCCAGCUUUGGUGUUGAAAUACUUAGGGAUCUUCUUUUCUGUUGGGUGGCUCUUGGAAUCGAAGUCAUCUGGCAUCACAAUGAUGACACCAGAAUCAUCAAAGGAGUUGGAAAAGCAUGCAAUCUCAAGUCAUCAUGUGAGGGGGAAUAGUGAAUAUGUUAGACUUGCCAUUUCUGAUGAACCGAGGGCUGUCGAAAAUGAAAUACUACAGCCUGUAGCAGUAUCGAGAUUUAAAUCUUUCAGGUGGUGGGUGAAAGCCUUUUUCUGGUGCUUUGUCAUUGUUGUACUUACUCUUGUUAUAGUGAAAUGGGGAGUGCCAUUUACUUUCGAAAAGAUAAUUUACCCAAUCAUGGAGUGGGAAGCGACCGCUUUUGGCCGUCCAGUUCUUGCCCUUGUACUUGUUGCUUCUCUGGCUUUAUUCCCAGUAUUUUUUAUCCCUUCUGGCCCUUCCAUGUGGUUGGCUGGGAUGAUUUUUGGUUAUGGCCUUGGCUUUGUUAUAAUAAUGGUUGGCACAACCAUAGGGAUGGUCCUCCCUUACUUAAUUGGACUAGUUUUCCGUGACCGUAUUCAUCAAUGGUUAAAGAAAUGGCCCAAGAAUGCCGCAAUGAUUAGACUUGCUGGGGAAGGGAGUUGGUUCCAUCAAUUUCAAGUAGUUGCUUUGUUCAGAGUUUCACCUUUUCCGUACACCAUUUUCAAUUAUGCUGUAGUUGUGACCAAUAUGAGGUUUUGGCCGUACUUAUGUGGAUCAAUAACAGGAAUGGUGCCAGAAGCUUUCAUUUACAUCUACAGUGGUCGAUUACUGAAGACCUUGGCAGACGCACAGUACGGGAAGCACCAAUUGACAACUGUAGAAAUUGUGUACAACAUAAUUUCUUUCAUAGUUGCUGUUGUUACCACCAUUGCUUUCACUGUUUAUGCAAAAAAGGCCCUUAAUGAACUCAAAAUUGCAGAGGCCAAUGAGGAAGCUGCCUCUGUAUCAGGGAGUACUACUCUUGAGAUUGAGAAGGGUUCCCAUUGAAAUAAAAUUGCCCACGAUGUUAGUGUAUAUUUAUGUAUCUAAAUUUGGUUUAGGACUACAUGUACCACAAUGCUUUUUACCCUCCCUCUUAGGCCUUGUAUUGAUUAUUCAAAUGAGCAUGUAGGAUAGAAAAGUCUGCAAAUGCACCAAUCGGGUAGAAAUAAUAAAUUGGAAAGAAAGCCCUACUAACAUUUUUUUAUUACAUAAAAUGUGCAAUUAACGACAUGAUUUAGUGUAAAUUAAACCAAAGAGUGUAUCUUUAACUUAGAAAUAAUAUCCUUCUCAGCAGGGAUGUGAAGUAUUAUGGUUUUGUCUUCAUACUUUUGUUAUAAAAAGUAUCCUUUAGACUGGCUUGAGUUA